AUGGGAUUCUGGAGCGGCAUUGCAGAUGCCUUCUCACGCGAUGGAGGCGCAACGCAUUUCUGUGAGAAACUGCCAGUUAUUGGACAUGUUACCGCAGGUAUUCAGCUGUUAGCAGGCAAUCCUGAACAUGCCAAGCGCGCUGCUGCUACAGCUACAAAUUCCACACUCACGGCUGGGGGCGCGGUUGCUGGAUUCAUGGCUGGCGGCCCUCUUGGUGCCGCGGGUGGUGCUGCGCUGGCGUCGACCGCUGGCAUUGCGUGCGAGUAUGGGAUCAGCACUACCAUCGAUGACCAGAAUGUGAAAGGAAACGUGGGUGAAGUGAGCAUCAAGAGAAUUGUUGUCGAUGGAGCGCUGUCUUCAAUCACUGCUGUCAUACCUGGAGGAACUGCAGUGAUUGGCAGCGCGGGCAAGGAAGUUGCAAAACAAUCCAUCAGUUCGGCUGUCAAAACGGGUGUUCUCACAGGUCUCUCCACUGCCGUACAAGGUUACUCGAAAGGCCAAGUGAGACCUACGACGGGUGAACCAGAAGAACCCGAAGAGAAGAAGGACCUAGUCCGAGUGGUAACACUUGGUCAAGAACAGGCCGCUCAACACCUGAUUAGGGUCGUGAAGAACUUCAAGACCGAGCUCGCGGUCAGUCCUUUCAAUGAUUGGACUCGUCUCAACGGCGAUGCGAGAGACCUGAGUGGCUUGUGCCAUAAUCUUGCGCAAUCUCUACCUACUAUCAGACUUGACUGCGACUGGACAAUCGUAAAUGGAUUCUAUGAGGGAGGAAAAAACGUGUGGACAACCAACGAAGACUGCUUCGUUCGUCUGGAGUCAAAGCUAAAGGAAACGAGGGCUCAAAACGAAGCGAAAUGGAUAACAUGCAGAGAAGGAAGAGUGGCCAUCAGAAGCGCAAUCAAAAUGCUCGAUGAACGGAUGGCUUCUGAGGUCGUAAGAGUACCACGCGAAAUGGUGAGGAAUUGGAUGGAAUUUGUUGUACAAUAG